AUGAGCAAGACAAAACAAUCUGCCAUAGAUGUCCUCAUUAACUGGGACAACCAAGCAGGAUGGGACUCGGGGUUUGCCUUCAUGCUCGGGGUAGGGCAGUGCAUGUGGUCAUUUGGUGCUAUUGACAGCGUGACGCACAUUGCCGAGGAAAUCAGCCAUCCUGGCAAAAAUGUCACCCGAGCCAUGUUGCUUGCCAUGCUCAUCGGGUUGUUGACAAUUGUGUUUUUCGCCCUGGCCCUGCUCUUCAGCUGCACCGACUUCAGUGCCAUAUCAGCCUCGGCAGUUCCUUUAUACGAGGCGUACUUUCAGGCGACUGGCUCCGCAGUCUUCUCCACUGUCCUUGCCGCAUGGAUAACUUUCGUUUACCUUGGUGUUGUUUUGGGCCUCGUCACCACGUCUGGCCGGCUGAUCUGGGCAUGCAGCUGCUUCCCGAGAGACAGACUGGGCGCCAGAACUAUGGCUUCCUUAUAA